AUGUCUGGUCGCUCAGCACUCCGUCUCACCAGGGCUGCAGCCCCCCUCUUUAGCACCGCCCGUGCAUCUGCCCAUAUCUCUAGAUCUCUCCCCGCAGCUCACCGAGCUUUCAGCCAGUCUACCGUUCGAUCGCGGAGUGAUGUAGUACGCGAGACCGAAGUUCCAGUUUCCGUCUACUCCCCAGACUCGACAGGUGCCGCCGGUUCGACCAGCGACCACUUCAGUAUCCCCGUGAACCGCGACGAUGCCACACCGAAGCCAUUCCCUCCCCCCGAGGACACCGAGGUUAUCCCGUUGUCCAAGGCUGUCUACCGCCAAAUGCCCCCCACCCUACAGAAGAUGAGCAUAAUGGACAAGGUUGUUAUUAUCACUGGAGGUGCUCGAGGUCUCGGAAACCAUAUGGCCCGCGCUUGUGCUGAGGCUGGCGCUAAGGCUCUUGUCAUCUUCGAUGCGAACCAAGAGCUGGGUGACGAAGCUGCUGCCGAGCUACACCAGAAGACCCAACUUCCCGUUUCCUUCUUCAAGGUCGAUGUUCGUGACGGUGCCGCCAUCAAUGCUGCCGUCGACGCCGUUGUCGAGACCUAUGGCGCCCCUGACGUCUUGAUCAACAGUGCCGGUAUCGCUGAUUCCAACAUCAAGGCUGAGACCUACGACCCGGCCAUGUUCCGACGCUUGAUCGACAUCAACCUAACUGGUUCGUUCUUGAUGAGCCAAUCGGUCGGACGCGCGAUGAUGGCUGCUGGCAAGCCUGGGUCUAUUGUUCUUGUGGCUAGUAUGAGCGGUAGCAUCGUCAACUACCCGCAGGAGCAGUCUUGCUACAACGCAUCCAAGGCCGGUGUUAUCCAAUUCGGCAAGUCUCUGGCUGCCGAAUGGGCCAAGUACAACAUCCGUGUUAACUGCAUCUCUCCCGGUUACAUGGACACUGCGCUGAACCGCGUACCCGCCCUGGAGGCCCAGAAGAAGAUCUGGCGCUCUCUGACACCCCAGGCCCGCCUCGGUAACGUUGACGAGCUUAACGGCCUUUGCGUCUUCCUUGCCAGCGAUGCCAGUAGCUUCAUGACGGGCGCCAACGUCGCUAUCGACGGUGGUUACACUGUCCUAUAA